ACGUCAAAGCUGUCAAUGUACGGAUUGACAGUGUUGUUGACAUUACAGAAACCGGUGUUGUGUUCAAUUUUCCAUGGCAUGUGGUAUAUCUUAUGAUAAAGCUAGGAAUAUAAAUUAAAUAAAUAGCAUAAAUUAUUUAAAAUCGAGGACCUCAUAGAAUUAUAAUGCCACCUAAAAAAGUAGAAGAACCUGAAAAGAAACCACUAAUUGGCCGUGUCGGAACAAAUUUAAAAGUGGGAAUAGUUGGUGUACCAAAUGUGGGAAAGUCAACAUUCUUUAAUGUUCUCACCAAGAGUCAAGCAGCUGCAGAAAAUUUCCCUUUCUGCACCAUAGAUCCUAAUGAAAGUCGUGUACCGGUACCGGAUGAACGAUACGAUUAUCUUUGCCAGUACCAUAAACCUGCCAGUAAAGUGCCUGCGUUUCUGAACGUGGUGGACAUCGCUGGGUUGGUGCGUGGGGCUGCCGAAGGUCAAGGACUGGGAAAUGCCUUCCUCUCUCAUAUCAAGGCAUGCGAUGCAAUCUUCAACUUAUGUCGUGCCUUCGAUGAUGAAGACGUGAUUCACGUCGAUGGAGAUGUGAACCCUAUCAGGGAUUUGGAGACAAUUGGUGAAGAGUUGCGUCUGAAAGAUGAAGAGCAACUGCUGCAGAACAUUGAGAAGUUGGAUCGGGUUGUCGUACGUGGUAAUGAUAAGAAACUCAAGCCGGAGUAUGACUCCCUGAUGAAGAUUAAGAGCAUUUUAGUUGAUGAGAAGAAGCAUAUCCGUUUCGGAGACUGGAGCUCAUUUGAUAUUGAAAUUUUAAAUAAAUACCUGUUCCUCACUUCGAAGCCAGCGCUUUAUCUUGUUAAUUUAUCCGAAAAGGACUAUAUUAGGAAGAAAAAUAAAUGGUUACCAAAACUAAAGGAAUGGAUCGAUAAGAACGACCCAGGUGCACCUUUGAUCCCCUUCUCCGGAGUCUUCGAGAGCAAACUACUGGACAUGGACCCAGAAGAGAGACAGGCCUUCUUGAAAGAACAAAAUGUUACCAGUGCUUUAGAUAAAAUCAUCGUCCAAGGAUACAAAGCCCUGCAAUUGGAGUACUUCUUCACGGCGGGAGUGGACGAAGUUAAGGCGUGGACCAUUCAGAAAGGCACCAAAGCCCCUCAGGCCGCGGGGCGCAUCCACACAGACUUCGAGAAAGGUUUCAUAAUGGCUGAAGUGAUGCACUUCAAGGACUUCAAGGAGGAAGGUUCCGAAGCCGCCUGCAAAGGGGCCGGCAAGUACCGGCAGCAAGGCCGUAACUACGUAGUAGAAGACGGCGACAUAAUUUUCUUCAAGUUCAACGCAGGCGCAGGUUUAAAGGACGCUAAGAAGAAAUGACGUGACAAAGUCCUCUUACUUCUAGUGCAUAUGCUAUACAUGAACCUCGCUCUUUACUCUUUGCUACACGUCGCUUGAUUUGACACAUAUAUAUAUAUCGUUAGAAAUAUUAACAACUAAGAAUUAACUCUGUUGAACAUUAUUUACCUAUAUACAGGUAUCUAUAUAACUACUGACGCCUUUUUUAAGUUUAGUUAAUGGUUUUUGUAUGAUUUUUUAAUAAAAGCAUUCAAAAAGUUGUAGAAAAAUUCAUAAGUCUAAAUUAAAUAUGAACCUCUCAGAAUAUAUUCCAUUUUCAAUAUCAAAAAUGUUAGCAUUAUACAGCGUGUCCCAUAUAUCGACUUCAGACCAGAUAUGGCCUGCUCUCUCUUUCUCUAUCUUUAACUGGCAGCUCAUGUCUGAGCGUCGUGAUCAGCAAGGAAGCAUCUGGAGCUCACUAUCUGUUUCCUCAGAUUUGUCUCCAGCGCCUCUCUUAUGACAGUGUACAGGUUGAGGACGAGUCUUUCACUUGAUUAGUCCCUCUAGUUUGUGAACGGCCUUAAACACCUAAGAAAAUUAUUAUUUUUGUUUUAACAGUACUAAAAACAAUUUUGGCUUACUAACAUUGUUUAGUACUUUUUGCAACACAGGGUGUAUAAAUAUUAUAAUGUUACCUUUCCAAUGUCAAUAAUUAAAAAAAUAAGUGACAUAGAUUUUUUUUUAAUUUUCUGGGGUCCAGGACCUGUCCUAUUAUCCGACUUCGGCUUGAUAGUAACUGGACACAUCCUGUAUAAUGCGUAUAUUUUAUUUGUAGUUGAAUUUGAUGAAUUCUUCAAUAAGCUUUUUAAUACACCGAGAUAUUGUUGUGUCGUCAAAAUGAAACAUUUGUAAAUUUUUAUUAAACAUAAUUUCAGUGUGAUUUUGCUAAUCGUGUUGUUUCACUCUCACAUAUUGUCAUACACAAUGUUAGAAUGAGACAGCACACUGGGUAUGUUGUACCUUGGUACCUUAAAUAAAAACCGUUAUAAUA